AUGACUGGAAAUAUGACAGUCAAGGAACUCUCUACGGAAGUUAAAAGUCCGCAAGGCCUUGACAAAUGGCAAAGUCAAAUACCAGUCUUCAAACCGGUGUACAACACCCGGCAGCGGUGUACAACCCCCGGCAGCGGUGUACAACACCAGGCAGCGGUGUACAACACCCGGCAGCGGUGUACAACACCAGGCAGCGGUGUACAACCCCCGGCAGCGGUGUACAACACCAGGCAGCGGUGUACAACACCCGGCAGCGGUGUACAACACCCGGCAGCGGUGUAUAACACCCGGCAGCGGUGUACAACACCCGGCAGCGGUGUACAACCCCCGGCAGCGGUGUACAACACCCGGCAGCGGUGUACAACACCAGGCAGCGGUGUACAACCCCCGGCAGCGGUGUACAACACCAGGCAGCGGUGUACAACACCCGGCAGCGGUGUACAACACCCGGCAGCGGUGUAUAACACCCGGCAGCGGUGUACAACACCCGGCAGCGGUGUACAACCCCCGGCAGCGGUGUACAACACCCGGCAGCGGUGUACAACACCCGGCAGCGGUGUACAACACCCGGCAGCGGUGUACAACACCCGGCAGCGGUGUACAACACCCGGCAGCGGUGUACGACACCCGGCAGCGGUGUACGACACCUGCGUGACUGCCAGUCGUUCCGUGCCUGUGGUUCGCUAA